ACUGUUCGCCUAGUCCGUCACCACCUUCCAAGUGCGACUAUCAGUCUUCAGUGAGAUUCGCAGCCUGCCAGACAGGAUCGACCGGAGUUCUUUCGGAUAGUGGAGUUUCUAAAGUGAUUUUUUUAAGGGAGCUGAAAGUGACCACCAACAUCUCACCGCGAUGGGAUGUUUAUAUAUCUUUUUGAUAGUGACCUUACUAUCAAUUGGUUCAGUGCUGUCGUGGAGAGAGCACCGAAUCCGGCGUAGUAUCGAUUUAUCAGUCACCAAUCCACUGGAUACGAAAUUACCGUCCGAUUUGGUGCCUACAAAUUACACCCUCCUCUUGGAGGUGAAUGCGGAGGAUCUGUCGUUUCACGGUAAUGUCAAUAUCACGAUGACAUGCGCCAAAAGAACCAAUCAGAUUAACCUCCAUGCGCACCACGAUUUGCAAGUUGAUGAAGUAAACCUGGAAGUUUUCCAACAUACUCAGAGCGGCAAGAGCAUGCCUGUGAAAAUUCGACGCAUCGAUAGAGUCCCAAAGAAACCUUUACUUGUGAUCUACCUACAAGAUGACCUUUCAGUCGGCAGUCUGUACGAAGUUCGGCUUCUGUUUAAGGGGGAGAUUUGGGAAAAUACCGAAGGCCUCUUCCAGGGAAAAUACAAGCAAACGAGUGGCGAUCAGCUGCAGGAUCUCUCCUACUUCGCAACUUACUUCCGGCCAAAUCACGCGAGACGUGUUUUCCCCUGCUUUGACGAACCAGCGUAUAAGGUUCCUUUCAAGGUCACCAUCAUCAGACCAAAACAGUAUCACACGCUGUUCAACACGGAACUUGAAAGCACGGAACUCUAUACCAACGACAAAGUAGCCGAUCAUUUCAAAAUCACGCCUCCGAUUUCGACCUUCACGCUAGGAUUUGUAGUAUCGCAACUCGAAGAGCUGCCAGUUUCAGGGGAUAAUGCCCCCAACCAAGUGCCGCUAAGAAUAUGGUCCCGAAGGGACACACAGGAAAAUUUGAAGGAUGUGAGAGCGAAAAUUACGUUGGUUAUGAAUCAUCUCACCAACUUCUGGAAUGCUUCCUACCCUCUGGAGAAGCUGGAUAUUAUUGCGCUGCCGAAUUUUGGCUCCGUCAAGCCGGCCGACAAUUGGGGGCUUAUUUUGUUCAAGGAAAAUGAAUUGCAACAAGGAUAUUAUGCUAUUACACAGGAGCUGGUGUACCAGUGGCUGGGAUCAUGGAUCACUCCCAAUUGGUGGAGUGACGCUCAUGUUAACAAGGCAAUUGCCGGCUUCCUCUCGGCAUCAACCGCAAUCGAGCUCGACGGCGGGGUUGAAUUUGACGGCAAAUGGCCUAUGACCAUCCUUUACUCAAUUUACUACGAGUUUAGUAAACGCUAUCCCCACUCGCGGAUCACCGCGAUGAAACAGGAAACCACUUGCAGUAAAACGGAACUCGUCCUUCGGAUGUUGAACUUCACCCUUGGCGAAGAUACCUUCCGCCGGGGCAUGCAAAACAUGAUAAAGCAUCGCGAGUUUAAGACCUUUGUUACGGACGAUGUUUGGGAGUCACUCACGAAGCAAUCCCAUCUGGAUAACAGACUGUGCGAAUCGGCAACCAUAAACGAAGUUGCCGAGUCUUGGAUCGAGAAGGAUCGCAUACCGGUGGUGAAGGUAAUCCGGCACUACGGCAAGCAAACGGCUACCGUCACCCAGAGGGUAUACCUCCGGGAGCGUCCCCAUGACGUUCCGGAGCAGGAUAAAAUGCUUUGGUGGAUUCCGCUGGUUGUGGCGAGGCAGGAUAAGUUGGACUUUAGCAACACGAGUGCUACGAAGUGGAUGAAAAAAGUUAAAGAAGUCACGCUGGAGAAUCUACCGAAUGCGAAUCAUUUUAUCAUAGUCAAUCCAGAGGAAAUUGGUCCAUUCCCGGUGAAUUAUGAUGAGCAUAAUUGGAAUCUGCUAGCGGAUUACCUAUUAACUCAGGACGGUCGCUCUAAAAUCCCAACCUACACACGAGCAAAACUCCUCCACGAUGCCUGGAACCUGGCCUACGCCGGUGAUUUGAGCUUUGCAACGGCCUUCAACAUGACACUGUUCAUGCAGUACGAACGGAACCAUCUGGUGUGGAACCCGGUAUUCACCCUGAUCGAUCACAUCGGACGGCACAUCGAUAUGUCGGCAGCCCACAAAAAGUUCGAAAUCUACGUUCGAACCCUGCUGACUCCAUUGUACGAAGAACUAGUCCAGGAUCAACAGGAGGAGGGGGACAAUUGGAAGUCCAACCUGCGUUCGCUCGCUAAAUCCUUCCUCUGUAAGGCCGGUUACAAACCAUGCAUUGAGGAAGCGCAACGAGUCUAUAAAAAUUGGAUGGAAAGUGCGGAACCAGAUAUGGGCAAUCCUGUGGCAAACCAAUACAUUUGUCCAGUCUUCAAAUGGGGCACCCAGGAGGAGUGGGAAUUCGGACUUCAGCGCGUCGUUAACUUCCCCGAAAUGAGAAUGAAAAGUGAGCGAACAUAUCUGUUGAAAACGCUUGCCGGAUGUCCCAUCCAAGCGUCGAAAAUCAACCGACUACUGAACAUUACCCUACUGGAGAACAAUGGCAACUUUACGGACAAUGACAUCAGUUUGAUUUUCAAAAUGUUAUCCGGAGGUUCGAACGGGUACAUGGCUCUGUUUAAAUUCCUCCAGCAGAACUGGAAUGCCAUUAAACUUCGAUUCAAAGACCAGGAAGGAAUGUGGGAUAAUUUGGUGAAUUCGGCUACCGGAUCGUUUACCACCCAGGAGGGGUACGACAUGGUGUCCCAGCUGUACGUCCAAAGGCAAGGCGAGUUUGGAACGGCGGAGCAUAUAAUCGAGAAAUCGCUGAAAAACAUCAAGGAGGAAACCAAGUGGAGCGAUGAAAAUUUACCCGUUAUUGAGAAAUGGUUGGACCGCUUCCUGAACCAGCACAAGUUGGGCAGUGAAAAAUUUAUCGGUUAACUCCGUGAGCUUGCUCGUUUUUUUCCGAAGCGGUUUUCAUAACUACUGAUACGUUAUCGUAUGGAUACUCUAAACUGUAUUGCAACGAAACACGUUGAAAUACAUUUUUUACAUGUUUAAUAA